AUGGCCUUGCAUAUGUCCUGGGAGCCUUUUGGAGCUGGGCCUCAGUACACAACCGGAAGGGAAGAAUGGGCGUGGCUCUCCCUGGUGACAACUUGUCAGGAGAGGCUUUCAGAGACUUUUCCCAAUCGCCUCAGUCCCACCACAGGCUGGGACCCUGCAGGCCGUAAGGUGGAGUUUACAGAAUUCAGCACCGAACAAUGCAGGCAUCAGCUCUGCCCUCCUGGGGCCUACAGUCUGAUGGCUUAUGCAGAAAUACCUAUAUCUAUGUCCAUGGAGGAUUUUCAGUAUGAUUCUUCUUCCUUGUUCCUGAUGCAUGGUGUUUGCAAGAGCAAGCCCUUGGACUUGGUGUUUAUCAUUGAUAGCUCUCGCAGUGUGCGGCCUCUGGAGUUCACCAAGGUGAAAACCUUUGUCUCCCAGAUAAUCGACACUCUGGACAUUGGGGCGGCGGACACACGGGUGGCGGUGGUGAACUAUGCUAGCACCGUGAAGAUUGAGUUCCAUCUCCAGACCCACUCGGAUAAGCAGUCGCUGAAGCGGGCUGUGGCCAGGAUCACACCCUUGUCUACAGGCACCAUGUCGGGUCUGGCUAUCCAGACAGCGAUGGAUGAGGCCUUCACGGUGGAGGCAGGAGCUCGGGGGCCCACAUCCAACAUCCCUAAGGUGGCCAUCAUUGUGACAGACGGAAGACCUCAGGACCAGGUGAAUGAGGUGGCCGCUCGGGCCCGGGCAUCUGGUAUUGAGCUCUAUGCCGUGGGCGUGGACCGGGCAGACAUGGAGUCCCUCAAGAUGAUCGCCAGUGAGCCCCUAGAUGAGCAUGUUUUCUAUGUGGAGACCUAUGGGGUCAUCGAGAAACUUUCCUCUAGAUUCCAGGAGACCUUUUGUGCCCUGGACCCGUGUGCACUUGGCACACACCAGUGCCAGCACGUGUGCAUCAGUGAUGGGGAAGGCAGAUACCACUGUGAGUGUAGCCAAGGAUAUUCCCUGAACGCUGAUAUGAAGACAUGCUCAGCUAUCAAUAAGUGUGCUCUUAACACUCAUGGAUGUGAACACAUCUGUGUGAACGAUAGAACUGGCUCUUAUCACUGUGAGUGCUAUGAAGGUUACACCUUGAAUGAAGACAAGAAAACAUGUUCAGCUCAAGAUCAAUGUGCUUUUGGUACACAUGGCUGUCAGCACAUUUGUGUGAAUGACAGAGGUGGGUCUCAUCACUGUGAAUGCUACGAAGGCUACACUCUGAACACAGAUAAUAAAACGUGUUCCGUUCUCAGCAAGUGUGCUCUGGGCUCUCACGGCUGCCAGCACAUCUGUGUGGAUGACGGGGCAGCGGCCUAUCACUGCGAGUGUUAUGCCGGCUACACCUUGAAUGAAGACAGGAAGACGUGCUCAGCCAUUCAAGAAGCACGAAGACUCAUCUCCACAGAAGAUGCUUGUGGAUGUGAAGCCACUCUGGCAUUCCAGGAUAAGGUCAACUCCUAUCUGCAGAGACUGAACGCCAAACUUGAUGACAUUUUAGGGAAGCUGCAAGAAAAUGAAUCUGGACAAAUACAUCAUUAA